GAAACGAGUUUUACAAAAUUAGUUUGAGGGAGAGUAAACGAAGAAAAAAAAACGUGUUGGUAACAGUGUUUCUACUUCCAAGUGGCAUUUCUGUCCUACCUGGAACUUAGGUUAGGAAGGGUCCCUUUCUUAUCCAGCCUUCUUCAAGCCAAGGAUGAGGACACACUGAAUUAGCUCCGAUUUUUCUUUAAGAGUAAGCGAAACAUCCAAAAGGGUCCUGUUUUUUUGUCAUUCUUAGAAGUUUCUGAAGAUUGCGAAGGAACGGAACAAAACGAAUCGGACCGAAGAGGAAAAAAAAUAAUUUUGAACCAUUUUGUCCAUUUUCCCUAGUUUUGUGUCAUAUCCCUUUUUCCCACCCUUCGAUGCAUUCGGAUGCACUUGCACAUGAUAUUGGAACGCUGAAGCAGAGCGAAAGAACGCACGCGAGAGAGUGAGAGAGCGCAUGAAUUCCCGCGUUCGGGAUGAAUUUCUCUUUCGUGCCCUGAUGAACUCUUCGGCUUCGGCUUUUCGCUCUCGCGGUUUCAAUUUGCCAAGAGCGAAAGAGUGAGAGAGCGAGAAGAGAGUUUAAUGUUGGGAUGAAAUAAUGGGAAGAAAUAGAAGAGCGAAAUGGUCAAAAUUCGUACCGGUUUCGGAUGCAUUGGGAAAUUUUACUUUAGCGCCGCACGUUCACCGAUAAGUUCAUUCGUUAACAAACUCUCAUCGCAAGCGGACGCACGUUUCUUGCGCUCCGCCACUACAGCUAAGCUAAUACCGCCUAAACUGAACGAGAAAACAAACGUCUAGAACGGUGUAUAAUAAUUAGAUGAGCAUUGCACAAACUUGCUUAUAGUUUUAAACUUCAUCAGAACAUUAUUGUUGUAAUCCCGUACAUCGAUUGUGAAUGUCGUGAAACACCCGUGUGUAAAGUGUGUGCUUGCUUGCGUGAAGUAGAAUCACACGCACCGACGCAAUUACGCAAGGAAGGAGUCUGUUUCGUACACGCAGCACAAAUAUAUAUACGAACAUUUAUUUCGUACCAUCAACCCGACGGUGUGCGUGUGUUGUGAAAAUUGUGAAGUUUUCCUUCCAGUGCCGAGUACCUACCCCCAACGGAAUCGGUGUAAUUCGUGAAGCGUAGCAUAUAGCAAGGCAACCGGCAAGGCAUUAAAAAAAACCUCCAAAAAAUCGAAUCCUUUCCCGAGGAAAAGAAGGAAAAAAAACGGGAAAAAUAUCCCGCCGCAUAAUGAAGAAACCGUGUUGCGCGAAGUGAUGCGAUUGUGUUGUGGCGCGUGUGAAAGCGAGUGUCGUCGUACGUCGUCCGGCUGGUGGAAAACCGGCUGGCAUACGGGCGGUGGUGGUACCCGGUACAAAACCAUGAUGCUGUCCGUGCUGGUAGCAUCCUUCCACACACCGACGAGAAAAGCAGCAGUACAGCGAGCAGUAGCAGCAGCAGCACCAUUGACGAAAAGUUUCUAGGCACCUCCUGGGGGCAGCCACCGCGUUCUUUGCCACCUUUUUCGGUUUUAGUUUUUUAUUUCGUUACGACAUUUCCGUGUGUUCUUGUGUGAGUGAGUGUUUUUUUUCUGUUGCUCCCCCAAAUUUCGGUUGUGUCCGCCUCCCGGUUUCAACAUUUCCAUUUUGUGUGCUAUUCUCUGUGUACGCAUCCUGUGUGCGUGUGUGUGAAUGUAGUUGUGUGCAUCUGCCUCGCCCACCACGAAAACAAGCGAGAGUGCUUUGAAAAGUUUUUCCAGCACCGCAGUUCGUGUUUUUGCACACACAAAAAAGAAGGGCCACAAAAGCCGUGUGUUGUCGUGGUGUGUAUGCGCUUGUGCCGGUCGUACGUGUGUAAGAAAUAUUUCUGUGGCAACGGCCAAAACGCAUAAAAUUCGUUAAAAGUGAAGUGUAGUAGAGUCCUUUCUCUGUGUCCGUUUCGUUGGUGAAAAUAGGACGAAAGGUGUAGAAAAGCAAAUUGGUUCGAAUAUCGCCGCAAUUCGAUCCACCAACAAAAGAUGGAGUUCCUGAAGAUAGUGUUGUUGUUGGUGGCGUUGGCCACCGUGACUGUUGCACGUUCGAGUGUGAUGAACCGCAUGGAUGCGGCCCCGCGUGGCUGCAAGUGGCAACGAGUGUUGGACGAAACGGGCGAAGAGGAAGCACCGGCCACGGUAACGACGGUGCUGUCCUGCAAGCUGAAAACGAUCGGUGGUACGGACACGUUGAUGCGCAAUCUGUCCUCGUACCAGAUCGAACGCAUCAACUCACUGCGGCUAGAGUGCAGUGACAUUCUGUUUUUCGAAAGUUCUCUCGAAGCGAACCAACAUUCUGGGGCAUUUCUGGGAUCGCUUCGCCGUUUGCGCGAUCUUAAGAUCGAGUACUGCAAGAUCAAGUAUGUGCCUUCGAUGGUGCUGGCAACACUGCGUGACCUUCGGUCGCUGUCCCUCCGCACACACAACACAGACUGGUCGGCGAUGAAUCUAGAGUUCCAUCCGGAAAGUUUCCGUGGCUUGACGGAGCUUAAGCGGCUCGAUCUAGCCGACAACAACAUCUGGAGCCUGCCGACGGACGUGUUCUGUCCGCUGUUCUCCUUGCGUCAUCUCAACCUUACCCGCAACCGGCUAACGGAUGUGUCUCAGCUGGGUUUCUCCGACUGGGGCAAUGGACCAACGGCACCGGGUAAGGCGUGCAACACCGGUCUCGAGGUGUUGGAUCUGUCGCACAAUGAUCUGCUUGCCCUGCCCGACAACGGUCUGUCGUCGCUCCGGUCGCUCAGUGUGCUGAUGCUGCAAGACAAUCUGCUGACGGCUCUUGCCGACCGUUCGUUUGUGGGGCUCGGUUCCCUGAAGGUGCUUAACAUGUCCAGCAACAAACUAGUGGCGUUACCGCCAGAGACGUUCCAAUCAACGCGCGAACUACGACAGAUCUAUCUCCAGAACAACUCCCUCUCAGUGCUGGCACCAGGAAUGCUCGAAGGUCUCGACCGGUUAGAGAUCCUGGAUCUGUCCUACAACGAGCUAACGUCCGAGUGGGUGAAACGGAACACAUUUGCCGGCAUGAAGCGACUCGUAGUACUGGAGAUUGCCCAUAACGCCCUUACCAAAAUCGACCGGCACGUGUUUCGGGAGCUGUACAGUCUGCAGAUUCUUAACCUGGAAGCGAAUCAGAUCGAAUCGAUUGCCGAUAAUGCGUUCAGCGAUCUGAAGAAUCUGGUAGCGCUGACACUUUCCCACAACCGAUUGAAACGCAUCGAACAGCACCACUUCUCGGAGCUGUACGUGUUGAACCAGCUGUACAUUGAGUCCAACAUGAUCGAAUCCAUGCAUGGUCGUGCACUGGAAAACCUUACCAAUCUGAACGAUCUCAACCUCAACGAUAACCGGCUGACGGAAAUCCCGGAGGGAUUGGGCAAGCUGCGCUUCCUGAAAUCGCUCGACCUCGGCAAGAACCGUAUCAGCUCGGUCAGCAACGCAUCGUUCGAGGGUCUGGAGCAGCUGCUUGGUUUGCGGCUGGUGGAGAACCGCAUCACGAACAUCUCGCGCGAUGCCUUCGUAACGUUGUCUUCCCUGCAUGUUCUUAAUCUCGCCUCCAACCAAAUCCGUCACAUCGACCAGUCAGCAUUCAGUUCGAACCCAACCAUACGGGCGAUCCGACUGGACAACAAUGAUCUGGAAGAUAUUAGCGGUGUGUUUACCUCUCUACCGGCACUGGUGUUUCUGAACGUUUCCGACAACCAGAUCCGCCUGUUUGAUUAUUCACAUUUCCCGGUGUCACUCGAGUGGCUCGAUAUGCACCAGAACAACAUUACCGAGCUGGGCAAUUACUACGAUCUGAACAAUCUGCAGAUUAAGAUGCUGGAUGUUUCCUUCAAUCGGUUAACCGCGGUCGAUGCGAAAUGCAUUCCCGACAGCAUCGAAACACUGUUUCUCAACAAUAACGCACUGGAGGAAGUUGCAGCCGGUACGUUCCUCUCGAAACGCGCUCUGGAAAAGGUGGUCCUGUACGGUAACUACCUGCGAAAGCUGGAAAUCGGUGCACUCGCACUGACACGCGUUGCCGAUGAUCGUGAGGUGCCGGCCUUCUACCUGGGUGAUAAUCCGAUCCACUGUGACUGUACGAUGGAAUGGCUGCAGGGCAUUAACAAACUCGCCCAUCUGCGGCAACAUCCGCGCGUUAUGGAUCUGGACACGGUGCUCUGUACGAUGGAACACGAACGGGGUGCAAGUAUCCGGCCGCUAAUGGAUCUGCGUCCGCACGAUUUCCUUUGCCGCUAUGAGACGCACUGUUUCGCCACUUGCCACUGCUGUGAGUUUGAUGCGUGCGACUGCAAGAUGACGUGUCCGGAUCGGUGCAGCUGUUACCAUGACCACACGUGGAAGGCAAACAUUGUGGACUGUGGUAGUGCCGAUUACACCGAGGUACCGGAACACAUCCCGAUGGAUGCGUCCACGAUCUAUCUGGAUGGGAACGAACUGCGUCAGCUUGCCAGCCAUCAGUUCAUUGGCAAGAAGAAGCUGGAGGUGCUGUAUCUGAAUGGUAGCAACAUUCGCGACGUACACAACCGUACCUUCAACGGUAUACCGAGCCUGCGGGUGCUACAUCUCGAGAACAACUACAUCAACGAGCUGCGUGGAUUCGAGUUCGAUCAGCUGACGAACCUGAACGAGCUGUACCUCGACCACAACACGAUCGCAUUCGUUGGGGAGCGCACGUUCGAAAGUUUGCGGUUUCUGGAGGUGAUUAACCUGAGCGACAACCGCAUCAGUGAGUUCCGACCGUGGCAAGCGUUUGCCGCUGCUAGUGAGACCGGUUCGCUUGCAAGAGUGUCUCUAGAUGGAAACCGGUGGCGCUGUGAUUGUGAAUCUCUUCGCCGGUUGCAGCGUUGGGUGCGUGGCGUCAGUGGCGACUUCGAUCUGCAGCGUAUGAUCUGCGCCGAUGGUCGGGUUGUGGCCGAUGCCGUUGCGUCUUGCGACAGUCGGCAACCCGGUACGUUCGGUGGAGAUGUUGGAGGAGCGGGUGAGGUGGACGGUGACGGUCCUCCGGCCGUCCAUCGGACGGUUCUGCUCGGGCAUGGACUGAUCGGUGGAGGUUACGUUCCACUGUUAGCUGCCAUUCUUGUUGCCAUCAUCGGUACGGCGCUCAUCGUGGCGUUGGCCUGUGUCUUCCGACAGGAUGUGAGGUUAUGGGCCCAUGCCCGGUACGGCGUGCGGUUAGUGAAGGACCCAAUUAUCGUCGGUGCUGGACGGAAGGAGACAGACUCGGACCGACUGUACGAUUGCUAUCUGGUACACAGUGUGCACGAUAGCGAUUUCGUCGGACGACUGCUCGGUGCUGAGCUGCAGCUGCACGGUUAUUCCGUGUGUCUGCAUCACCGGGACGUACAUCCGGGUGCGUUCCUGGCUGACUCGUUACAGGGUGCGGCAGAUGCCGCCCGCAAACUGCUGCUAGUCGUCUCGAUGAACUUCCUGCAGACCGAAUGGUCACAGCCCCAGUUCCGUGUGGCCCUGCAGUCGGUGAUUGAGAGCAUUCGGCCGGCUCAUCGGCGUCAUAAGAUUGUGCUCGUGCUUACCGCACCGGUCGAGAUUGUGGCGAUGGAUCCGAUCAUGCACCUGCUGAUCCGCACCUGUACCGUAGCGUGCUGGGGUGAGCGAAAGUUCUGGGACAAGCUACGGUACGCGCUGCCGGACGUCCCGAAAGACCGAGUACCUACCAAGCUCGGUGACAUCACGCGUAGUCCGGCGAAUCUGCGCUACACACCCGCACCGACAUCACUCGAGCAGUGGUGCAAGAUCAGCCCGAGCGAAGGUGGAACGGGCGUCGUAGUACCACCCGGUGGGCCGGUACCGGUUCCCGUUGCCAUCCCGCAGAGUACACCAUCGCAAAGCACCUGCAACACGGAGGACGAAUCGUCGUCGUCCGCAUCCUCGCAACACUACGAGGCUCCGAUGAGUCAGCACUACAACAUGAGCCGAUCCAGUGCCUCGCUUGGUCACGUGUACUCCACGAUACCGGAGACGCCCCAGAUGGGGCGCAACGGAAGAGCUUAUUUCGUGUAAAAAAAAAUACAAGGGCGAAGACGGUACUUUCCUAUUUUAUGUAUGUUUUUUCCCAAAAAACAAGAAAAAUGCGCGUUUGUACAUAAUUACUAUAUACACACACAAAACCUAGAAAAUAACGCAUAUACGAAUACGAAGUUGCUAACGGUUACGAUACUUCAUAGUCAGAAAAACGCAAAUGUUUGCAGUCAAACGCUAUACAAAGGCAGUCAAUUUUGUUGAUUUUUAGUUUUAAACAAAUUUGCGAAUAAGGUAUUACACAACACUCGCCUAACUCGUUAACAAAAAAUGAUCUCUUUGGCCACGCAACGUAACAGGGGAUAUGCGUGACGGUGACGACAAACGUGUAUCUUGGGUCAAAGGGUUUUGAGGACCGCUUCUGUAUAAUCUUCCGAAAUGUUUAAAAUUUUCCGGGCAUUACAUGUUGGUGGACAGAAAUUAGCACACAAAACAAAAUGAAGCAAAAAUUUAAAACGAAGCACAAAAAUUCCCCAACUAAAAAAAGAACGGAAAAUCGCCUAGAUGUUACUCAUUUAUUGCGCCACUGCUCUUAUUUGCCAAAUAUAUUUCAAUGUCUUUUACAAGCCGGUCAAAAAAGGCCCGAAGAUUACAGAAAAUUUAAAGGACCAGAGAUAGGUGAAGGAAGGGGAAGAAGGCUUUAGCGGUGGGAAAAGAGGAGGAGAAAAAAACCGUGUGUGUGUCGUCUGUACUGUGAGAAGAAUAUAUAGGACUAAAUAUAUAUAUAUAUGACUUAAAUGAUCGUGAUACUAGUUUUUACAUGGCCUUCCAUCAGAGAGUGCACUCCUUUGUGCGUGCCUCUCGCACGGUUAAUCGAUAAAUGGUUCCGAUGCAAAAAGGAGCUGACUUAACAUGGACACACACACACUGAAAAACCACAUCGUAAUAAGCACAAAACACCUAACGUUAAGUAAAUAAGAAAAUGUAUAAUUGUACUUUAUGUGAGACCGCUUGGUGGUUUCGUACAGUGGGAAAACGCUCGUCGAAUGUACACACUAGAGAAAUUUGUUCUAAACUUUGCCCCGCACACAACCACACGAAAGCACUAACAUCCGCCACCGCGCCGCGGGUGCGUACUUUCUGUUUUGUCUGUUUCCGAUAAUUGUACUCUCCUGUUGUUGCAGAUGGGAAUGUAGGGAAGGUAUAGUAACGAAAGGGAUGUGUGACUAUUAGCCACACAUUUAGCGAGCGCGUUGAGUUUGGUGUGCCAUUUUUGUAAGAGGAAAAAUUAAACGGAAAUGAAAAUUACAACCAGAACUGACCAAGAUGGAUAGGGCGAAAAGAGGGAACGCAAAAUGAAUGAAGAAGAGUCUGAAGCUGUGCAGUUGCAGGAAAACAUUUCACAUUAAUGCCAUAGAGAGUGCAAAGAAUUACAGGAAGAUAAAAACUUAAUGUAAAUUAACCAAGUUACCGAAUGAAUUUUAGCUACACAGAAAAAAAAAGAAACACAAACACUGAAAAUACAGAAAGCACAAAAGGACAAAGACAAAAUUAUAUAAUUUCCCCAAAAACCCCACCCAGAUGAAAAUGAGAAACAAAUGGCAUACAUAUGCACCGUGCAUAUGGACCGUUCGGAAGGGUCUCACAUAGGAAAGAAAUGGGUGAAAAACUCAACAACCACCAAACACUCGCAAAAAAAAGAAGGGCACUCAAUGAAAAACAAAACAAAAACUCGCGCUCCAAUUUGUACAUUUCGACUAGAGGAUAAUAAUUUAUUACAAAACAAGCGCGAUGAGAGCGAUACAGAAGGAACGAAACAAAAAAGUGGUCAAGAAAUAAAAAAAACGCGAUAAAUAGAGAAGUGUGCAAAGCGAACAUAGAUAG